CUUGAUAGUCCUGAUAAAGAGUGAAGAGUGCCAAAUCUGAACCAAAUAGUUAGCAAGGUGAUUAGCUAUCAUUGCUAAAUUGCCUUUGCUAGCAAAUAGCAAUGUCAGGUAGAGCAGGAGGUUUUAACCCUCAGUUUCAUGAUUAGCCUUGAAUCGAGCUUUGCUAGUCAAAUUUAAAAAAGUACGCUACAUAAUAUACAAAAAAAAUAUGCAAUUAUUAGUAACGUUAGAUCAGCGCCUGAGCAAACUGGCGUUCAUCUAACGCUAAACCUUAACGUUAGCAACCAUAGGGAGGUGCUGUCAGACAACCAUUAUGUUUUCUUUUUCUGCUAUUUAAAGUAAGGAAACACUAUCGCAUUUUACAAAAUGUUUAACUGCAUUACCUACAAUGUUUUAGAAGUCUUGUUAGUGGACGAUUCAUUAAUUAUUAGAUCUUUGCAAACCCAACUUUUUACAUAAUUAACAAAGUUAAGACAUUAUGAAAUAAUCAUAGAAGGAAAUAAAUGCUAUGAAUUGUGAAAUUAUUUACAACAUUUUUAAAACAGCUCAAUUAUAUGAAAUUAUUUAAUCCUUAUUUUCACAAUAACAGAUUUCAUUGCAGGUCAUUUUUAAUCCAGGCGAUUUUGUUUCAGAAUUGCCUUACAGAAUUACCUGCAGAAAAUCUGCUCACAAUGGCAUUUUUCCAAUUAUAGUUUUAUUUAAUAAUGUCUCUUUUUUUAUCACCAAUUCUUAGUCAAUCAAGACAAACAGUCUUGAGUCUUGAAUGAGUUUGGAAUUUCAACCUCACUGAAGCAAAGAAGCAAAUGCCAGCUGCCCAACUUAAGCACUCCCCAGGUUGAUCCUUUAUAUGCUCUUACAUUGCUGUCAUCCUGUGGCUCUUGGAGCACGUUAGGUGUAAGCAGGGACGUGGAAGUGAUGCAGUCAUUCACCAGAGACACAACAUCACCCCGGGCCUGUGAUGACUAUUGGAGUGAAUUCAGACAUUGCAAAAGCUUGUGGAAUCGUUUUCACCACUAUUACACUUACGGUACCUCCCCAUCCUGCCAGCAGUGGAAGGAGGACUACCAUAACUGCAGAGAGUGGGAGAAACACAGAGGCGUCGAGGCCAAGGAAGCCUUGCAGAAGAGUGAGAGGAACAGAGUGGCAGAGCAGAGAAAGUUCACCCCAGUGUGGGAACUGAGGCGAGACCCUCCCAGAGACUGGCACAUGCCCCUGAACCAAGAAAAGCCUCAGGACUCCUGAACUGACUAUUAACUUGCUGUCUCUGUUUCAUGGCGGCCAGAGUAAAAUGAAGAUUCGAGUCAUUUAAUGGACUUAAGGAAAUCGUUAAGUGCCACAUGCUGGAGAGACUGGUCAUCACUAAUUGCCAUCUCAAGUUGCAUUCGGUGAGCUGCUGUCUGAAAACAUAUUAUGUUAAAACAAUGGUGGCAGCAUCUAGUGGUCAAUGAUGAGGAUGACAGCAUCUAUUCAACCAGUGGAUUACAAAAUGAUCUCUGCAAAGGCAGUGUUGUUUUUUGCCGAUCGUAAAUAAUUUAUUCUGCAAGCACAAAGGCUGACUGCACCCACAGACUCACUGUAAAUGAGUUUUAAUAUUAAUUGCCUUGUUUUUUCUGUCUUUAGUGUAAGGAAAGGGCAAUAUUGGGUCAAAUUGUGCAAUGGAUACAUUUUCAAGAUCCAUAUAAGUAAUGAAGGAUCUGCCGUGCAUUGUUUUGAUAUUGGUUAAAUAAAAAAAAUUGAUGGUGCUCUAGAAUUUACUCACUUUGUACACUGCUUUUGUUGGCAUCAAUCAGGAGAGUUGGCCCUACUAGUAAGCCUGUCAGCAUUUCUCUAACACUGUCUGAAUUGUCAACCUUAGUAAAUGUGCAGUUUUUUUGAUGCUAUAGAUAUUCCUCCAUGAUGAAUAAAUAUAUAUAUAAAAAAUAUUAUUGAUGCAUUCAUAUGACAUAAUUCAACAGUUUCAACCCAUGCAGAGUUGUGCAUUAGCAGUUUUCAGCCUUAUGUAAUUAUGGCUUUACCCUUAAAUAACACAAAAUGUUUAAAAUUAUUCAUAACAAAUUGAAUCAAUAAAAAAAGUACAUUUUUA